AUGCAAAAUUAUUCAGAUUAAAUCCUCUUGUCCCUUUUGAAACUUGGAAAUAAAAUGGAUUCAAUUAUGAUAAUUAAACGUUAUGGUUAUGGAAUCAUCAAUUAACAGAACUUUCUAUUUAUGAUACGAGAGAUCAAUAAUUAAAUCCCUCUAAAAGAAAUUGAAAAUUUUUAUUAAUCCAUCCUAAAAUAAUAUGAAGCAUAAGCAAUGUCAGCUUAUAUCUUAAAUGAAUUACUACGCUAAGCAAGUUAGAUAUAAGCAAAAUAUUAGUAGAAUUUUCAACCAAGAAGUCCAAAUGAGAUUUUUUAUUUAAUUUCAAAAUCUCUUUAAGUUAAGAAUUAAGAUAUAGACAGGAUUUUUAUUAUUUUUGACUAAGAUAAGGAUAAUUUAUUAAAUGAAAUAGAGUUUAAAGUCUUUUUGGAAUAUUAUGUACCAACUCUUACUCAGGAUGAAUAUGCCAAAUUGAGAAAUUAAUAUUCUUCUUAAAUGGUUUCGCUUUACAAUUUAAUGUCAUGGAUGUAAGAAAGUAGUUCAAUCAGAAACAGUAUAAAAGUUUUUCAUAAACCCUAAAAAGAUAUUCAAUAAUAAUAAAUAGAAAAAAAAAGAGAAAUAAUUCCAAAUUUUUAAGAACGAUAUAAGGAGACAACUCCAGUAAAUAAACCAAGAAUACCUUAGAAACCUGAAUAGAUAUAUCCUAGAAUAGAAACACCAUAAAAAUAAUAGGAAAAUCCGCAGAAAUAAUAAAUCUAAAAUGAAUAUUAGAAAAAAUAUUCUCAAUAGUAAUAAUAAUAAUAAAUUGUUCCUUCAUUAGAAAUUCCUUAAAGAUAAAUUAAUCCUAUUUUAGAAUCAAUUUUAUAUGAAGAUCCAGCAUAAGCAAAUCUUUUGAAAUCUGAUAUACAAUUUGAAAAAUACAUAGUUUUAGAUCAGAACUUACCUGGAAUUUCAGAUUUUCUAAAAAAGUUUAAUGAAUUAUUUAGAUAGAAAUAAAUAUUCACUGAUACAGAAUUUCCAGCUAAUGUUUAAAGCUUAGGUUCAAAACUAACAUAAUUUUAAUGGAAGCGAUUAAAGGAUAUAUGGCCAACAUAUGAAAUUUUUGUUAAAGAUAUAACCUAAUCUAGAUUUGGCUUAGGUAAAUGGAUUAGUCCAAAAGAUAUUUGUUAAGGAUAGUUAGGUGAUUGCUAUUUUUUAUCUGUUUUAAGUUCAAUGGCAUGUAGAUGGUAAAAAAAUAAAUUAAUUUUAGGCCUGACUUUCUAUUAGGUUUAUUUUUAACAUAAUAAAAAAAUUAAUAUGGAAUUUAUGCAGUUAGAUUAUGUAUAGAUGGUAUUUGGAAGGCUAUAUUUCUUGAUGAUUAUGUUCCAACUUAAGGAAAUUAACCUGCUUUUUCAUCUAGUCCUUUAAAAGAAAUCUGGGUUUUAUUAAUGGAAAAAGCUUGGGCUAAAUCUUUUGGAUCUUAUUCAAAUAUUAUAUCAGGACACUCAAAAGAAGUAAUUCAUAGUUUAACAGGUGGACCCACUUGGAGUUUGAAAACAAAUUAGCCAGAUUUUAAAGAAUAGUUUAUAGGAAAUGUUUAAAGAAAAUGUUUAAUGACAACAGGAACAUUUUCUCAGACAAAUAAUUCAGAAGUUAUGGGUUUAAUAGCUGAUCAUGCUUAUUCUAUAUUAAAAAUUAGAGUUGUUCAACAUCCUUUAAAAGGAGAAGUUACUUUAAUAAAACUCAGAAAUCCUUGGGGUAAAAAAGAAUGGUAAGGAGAAUGGUGUGAUGAUAGUUCAUCAUGGACUAAAGAAUUAAAAAAGUAAUUAAGAGUUUCUGAAAAAGCUGAGGAUGGAAUCUUUUAUAUGUCUUUCUAAGAUUUUGUUCGUUAUUUUAAUACAAUAUAUGUAGGAUAUUUUUAACAAAAUUACAUAUAUAAAUCUUAAACCAUUGUGAGUAAAAAAAAUAAAUCUAUUUAUUUCGUUUUUAACAUAGAUGUACCAGGUUAAUAUUAUUUUACUGCUCAAUAAAAAUCAUAAAGACAUUUUAAAGAUAAAUAUACAAACUAUGAAUAUUCUCCUAUUAGAAUGAUGCUUGCUUAGGUAACUAAAAAAGGCUAUGAAUUAGAAUACGCAAAAUAAGAUAAGGAUUAAUUAGUCUAUGUUGGAGAAUUAUUUGAUAAAGGUCAAUAUAUGCUAUAAGUCAAAAUUAAUUGGUUAUUUUUGGAAGAAGAAAAAUUUGUAAUUAGUUCCUAUGGACCAAAAGAAAUAAAAUUAAAAUAGAUUUAAAAAGAUCAAAAUUUCUUUACAGGAACUCUUUUAAAUUUAGCAAAAUAAAACCCUAAAAAAGAAAAAAGUGGAUGUCCUAAUCUUGAAAUUACUUCUGAACUUUCAUUAGAAUAUGGGUAUUCAUAUUAUUUAUUUUAGAGCUGGUUAUGAAUAUUAUCUAAAUACUGGUAAUGAUAUAAUAGAAGUAUCAAGCUCAAUUCCAAAGAUGAUUGGCAUUAAAUUAAAAAAACCUGAAAGAGGAAAUUAAUAUAAAUUUUCAUUAAACCCUAAUUCUGAAAAGCUAAUUACAUUUACUAUUUAAGCAGAAGGAUUUCAGUUUUAAUAAUCACGAUAAUAUAGAAUAACAAGAAAAUGA